AUGGCUACAGCAUUGCAAAUACAACUGCAAAACCAAUGUCAUGCGUACGACCCAGCACUUGAAGAUGACACAAAUUAUGGCUACGUUCCAUCGCUCGCGGCUGGAAUUGUCUUUGCUACGCUAUUUGGCCUGUCGAUGAUCGCACACACUGUACAAUUUAUCUGGACACGAUGGUGGUGGUGUUCUGUGUUCUCCAUCGGGGCUAUGGUUGAGGUUCUAGGCUGGGCAGGGCGAACCUGGUCUUCUCAAUGUCCAUAUAUGUUGACGCCUUUUCUUAUGCAAAUAUCUACUCUCAUCAUCGCCCCGGCCUUCUUCACAGCCGGUAUCUACGUCCUUCUCGGCCGUCUCAUUCAACUUCUCGGCCGCUCAUCCUCCAUACUAAGCCCCUCGCUUUAUCUCUGGAUCUUUUGCACCUGCGACAUCAUCUCACUCGUCAUCCAAGCCGUUGGCGGCGGUAUGGCAUCCGGUCAAGCCGGUAAAGUCGGCGGCAACACUAAACCAGGAACCGAUAUCAUGGUUGCCGGUAUCAUCUUUCAGCUAGUAUCUAUCACCGUCUUUGCCGUCUGCGCAGUCGACUUUUUGCGCCGAGUCUUGAAGCAGAGACUUUUGCAGAAUGUGCAAGGCAGUGUUACGCCGUUACUUCUUGCUAUGGUCUUCUCUAUCGUACUGAUCUAUAUCCGAAGUAUCUAUCGUGUUAUUGAGUUGGUACAGGGUUGGUCCGGGUACUUGAUUACUCACGAGGCUUAUUUCAUUGCUUUGGAUGGCUCUAUGAUGGUUCCUGCCGUUGGAAUUUUCAAUAUCAUACAUCCGGGCUGGUUCAUGCCAAAGAGGAAGACGGUCAAUGACUUUGAUGAAUUGUCACUGAAUGAGAGGUUGGCUUGA